UAUACAUUGUGGAAGUGUGAACGGAGAGUUUAAUCGUUAUCCUGAUAACCUAACUCUGGAUAAAUUACACAGAAUUUUUGGGGAAUUAAUUUGUAAUUUGAUCGAUUUAAUUAGAAUAAAAUAUAAUGGUUUUCUUAUCUUUAAAUCUAUUGGUGAGAGCACGCGGUCCCGAUGAAUUUUGGCGCAAACGGAAAAUAUUUAAGCUCGCCGCGCAUUAUAUCGGUAGGAGAAAGAAUUGCUACAGCAUAACCAUCAGAACUGUGCAGAGAGCUUUGGUAUAUGCUACUCAAGGCAGACAUGAGAAAAAAGAGGAUAUCAGAGAGCUACGGGAACAGAGACUAGAAGCUGCUACAACCCAACAUGGUAUAAACUUUAGAACUCUUAAAGAGGGACUGGCUAGAUGUAAUAUUUUAUUGAAUCGAAAGGUGCUAGCCGAUUUAUCAAUUUGGGAACCUAGAUCUUUCAAAGCUCUUACAGAUAUCGCUUGCACAAGAGCAAAACAAGAUCAUUUGAAGACUGUUCAUAAUAUUGAAGUACCUAAGAAUGUCUUCGUAAGAGGUUUAAUUAAAUAAAUUCUCCUAAAAAUCGUAUAGAAUGACAUUCUUUUCUUCUAACAUUUAUUUAGUAAGCUUUCACAAUGUUUCUGAAUUUUGUUUCAUUAAUUGUAUUGAUGGUACUGCAGAUACAAAUUGAUUUAAGAUAAUAUGUACCUUGCAGUACUAGAAAUACAUUUAAAAAAACUGUGUACAAUGGUAAUCAACAACAACAAUGUAAUAUAGAUCUUUCAAAAUAUUACAUAGCUACAUUGUAAGCAGAUUGGAGGUUGCAAAAUAUAUGAUAAAGUGGAUAUGAAUCUUCUUUACAGCAAUA